CAUUUGAAAUUAAAUUUAAGGCAUUCUCCUUUCUUUAGAAAAAAGACUAUGGGCAUGGCCGCCCACUUUUACCCAUGAGGUGGUGAUUUGACAGCGGUAAAGAGGCGGGUCGAGCGAUUGCGACAAGUGUUUUGGGGUGCCCGAGAGGCAAAUAUUCCUCUGUGGAAAGUUUGAGGACGCUCUUUGGAUCUUUGGAGAGGAGGGACAGCGCAGCUGCAGACUUUAACGCAUCGAGCGUGUGUGGAUGAGAACUUUUUCAAGUUUCAUUUUGUGAAAAUCUACCGACCGACAGCAGCCACCAUGGAUAGCGGAUCCAACCAAACUAUUCACCCAAGUUGCACGGAGAAACCACCUCUCGCCAUCGACAUAAUCCUCAAGUUGGACAUCUUUGGCAUCAUCCUGUACUCAGUGCUCACCUUCAUGGCCACAGUGUCCAUGCUGGUCUUCAUAGAAGAGUGUAUCUACAUCUAUAAGAAAGUGCCCGUCAAUAAGAAGAGUGCAAUCAUCUGGGUGAACGGGGCAGCCCCGGUAAUUGGCACCAUGUCGUGUCUGGGGAUGUGGAUCCCCAGAGCCACCAUGUUUACUGAUAUGACCUCUGCCUGCUACUUUGCCAUUGUGGUGUUCAAGUUCCUGAUCUUGAUGCUCGAGGAGUUGGGUGGAGACGAGAUUUUCCUGAAGCGAGCAGGGAGACAUAAACUUAGGAUCAGCACUGGGCCGUGCUGCUGCUGCUGCCCCUGCCUGCCAUAUGUGGCCAUCACACGGCGCUCUCUCUUCCUGCUCAAACUUGGCUCCUUCCAGUUUGCCCUCCUGAAGAUUGUCUUCACCAUCCUCUCCAUUGUCCUCUCAACCAAUGGGACAUUUGACCUCGCUGAUUUGAGCAUUAAAGGAGCCGCGAUUUGGAUUAACCCAUUUGUGGGCAUCUUGACAAUCAUAGCUCUGUGGCCUGUAGCGAUCAUGUUCAUGCACCUGAGGACUGCCCUGCGGACAAUCAAGAUCAUCCCCAAGUACGCCAUGUACCAGCUGGUGCUGAUCCUGAGUCAGCUGCAAACCGCUAUCAUCAACAUCUUGGCUUUAAAUGGAACCAUCGCCUGCACUCCACCCUUCUCCUCCACAGCCAGAGGAUACAUGAUGAGUCAGCAGCUUUUGAUUCUGGAGAUGUUCAUCAUCACGCUGGUAACACGUCUGCUGUACCGCCGACAGUAUGAGCCUAUACCCGAAGAGGAACACGACAUAAACGAAAAAACCAGGAUGGUUACAAUAACCGGGUCUGCAUGAGAACUGUGUGUGUGUGUGUGUGUGUGUGUGUGUGUGUGUGCGUGCGUGCGUGCGCGCGUGUGUGUGUGUGUGUGUGUGAGAUUUCUAUAUCCUGCAUGUAGAUGAUCAAGAGAUUAUAUAAGUCAAUAUGAAUAAAUGUAAUACGAAUGGUAUGUAAAUGUAUUUUGUUAGUGUUCAUUUGGGGUCACAAAGGUUCAAACUUUACAACAUUGUUUGUCGUAUCCAGAGGGAUCCAACAGUUAUGAUAGUUCCCAUUUUGUGUCAUUUCAAUUUGUUACUACCAAAACACACACACACACACACAUGCAACUAUUAUUUGGUAAUGUCCAAGGGAGUGUCUGGAAGCCUGUGAUUUGGUUUAAUUAUGAGGAAAAUGGAGAAACUGCUGAAUUUAUUAUUAAUGUAUUAGUAGAAAUGAGAAUUUCCAUGUCUGCUGGUAGACAAGUUUGAAAUUUUUUAGCAAAUAAUUACCAAUUGAAGUACCAUAUUACUUUCCUGUAAGUUUACACUUGCAUGUCAGUUAUGUUCUAGAAAAUUACAAGAAAUAUUGGGACCUCAAAUCCAAAGUGGCACCACUUAUUUAUAUAGGCUGUGUUUUUGUGAGGCAUUACUGCAUAAAUGAUGCUUUUUUUGCAUUCUGUGCGACAACCACCGGACCUUUACUGUCACUAUUACCUUUUACAAUGUGAGCAUUUUAAACAUCCUCAGAUGAAAUGUCACUGAGGGACUCUGGGGGGUCUUUUCUUACAGGAUUUCAGUUUUAACGUUCAGCUGUCGCACUGUAUUUCUAAUCUGCUGCCGCCAGGUGGCAGUAGAUGUGGGAUUGGCGCUUAAUUACACCUGCCUGUCCUUACUGUAACAGGUAAUUUCACAGGCUAACUAGUCUUCCCACAGUCCAAUGCGAACUUUUGCAGCGCAUAAGUACGCCACACAUCACAUCCUUUUACAUGUGUACCCAUUGACUGUGUGUAAACCUAAUGCUGCACCCUUUACAGCAACUGGCUGCAGAUUAACAUUUUAAUGUAAACGAUGUUGAUUGACACGCCCCCGUCCAAUUGGGUCGGUGUUGUGUCUCACUUCCUGGUUUUAAGCCAAUCACCAUGGUGCAUCAACAAGCCCGGGCCGGGCCAAGUGCGGUUGAGUCGAGACUUUCGAAUGUACGUACUGUAAAAAAAACGCAAUUACAGUCCGAAUAGACCGGAAGUGUAAAGAUUUGUCCUUCAAAAUACAAGCUAAUUUCCUGCCAUACAGAAAA